AGUUUAGAACAUUUAUGUACUCUUUUGAUUUCCUUUCCGAUUUGUGCCAAACUUUCUAAAUAUAGGAUGUCCAUCACCACAAGAAUGCAGUAACAGGACAAUCUAAAUAUAACUGAAGGAUUAUAAAAAUGUUUUAACAGAGAGGAUUUCAAUUCUUCCUACAGAAGUGACGAUGUUUUACUGGAUAUUUACUCUGCUAAUUUACAAAAUAGCAUAUGUGUCCAAAUCACUUGCAACAGACAUCCACAGAAAUAUUACGAUCACGGAGGGAGAUCUGGCCAUUCUACCAUGUGAAGCACACGACGAGGGAAAUAAAUACCAAGUAGUAUGGAUGCAUCCAAAAAAGAUAUUGAUAGGUAAAAAUCAGAGGCGGUUUAUGGAUGACCCUAGAAUUUCAAUCGAACACACGUACAUCGGGUACUGGAAUCUUCAUAUCAGACAAAUCAAAUACGAGGACAGAGGGGAAUAUACGUGUACAGUAAACACUAGUCCUGUACGAAUAACAAGGAUAAAUCUUAUGGUAUACGUUCCUGCCCGGAUUUUAGAAUACGCCUCAAGUAAAGACAGAAGCGUCAGGGAGGGACAGGACGUCACGUUAUGGUGCAAUGCAACAGGCAUACCAGAACCUAAUAUCACGUGGUUCAGAAUUCACCAAACUAUUCCUCAAUCUAGAAUACGAGUGGGAGAUGUUGGAGACACGUUGAUCAUUAAGAAUAUUUCACGCCAUUGUGGCGGGGAGUACGAGUGUAUGGCCGACAACGGGGUGAAGGCGGCA